AUGGAGCUCAACACUACGAACUCAACCUCGGCGAAUACUGCGGAAGCACCUCCGACUUUGAAGCACGGUGCGAAAGCUGCUUUUCUCUACGAUAUCUAUUUAACGAGAGGUGUUCUCGCCAUCAGCAUGGCAGUGAUCACAUCAUUCUCAAAUGGCCUUGUGAUAUUUUUAGUCCUAAAAGAUCCAAAGAAAAAUCUUCGUUCAUCUCCAACAUGUCUUCUUGUAGCAAGCCUUGCUCUGGUGGAUUUAGCAGUCGGCUGCGGCCUGGAGCCUACGGAUGCACUCUAUAGUCUUGCCAUUGCAAAUAGAAAGAAGCCCAGUUUAGAUCGAAAAGACUUGCAGAGUGCUGCCGCGUUUCUUCUCUUGUCCUCGACAGUUCUGGUGAUGCUGAUAACUUUCGACCGACACACAGCAGUAUCUCGACCCAUUCAGUACCCUUACAGCAUCACAAAGAAAAGAAUCACCAUAAGCGUUGUGUUAGUCUGGGUCUAUUGUGCGAUUCUUAUAGUAGCAAUACGCCGCUGGGGAAAAGAACUCAGGAACAUUCUUUUUUGUGCUCAUAUAGACUUGGUUUUGUUCCUUACCACUGGCCUUUUCUGCAGGAUUGUCUACGUGCUACGACAACAAACAAACAUGUUAAAACGGCUAAGUGUGAGCUUGAACGGUACUUUUGUGGUUCAAGCGUCGGCUCGUGAACGGAAGGUAACGCUCACACUCGCUACUAUGCUCGUGGUAUUCCUAUUCUGUACCAUGCCCUGGUUUAUCAUGAUGCAGAUCUAUGAUUACUGCCAAAUUUGCCAGAAAUACUGGUGGAUCAUGAAGCUCCUGUUUAUUCUCUUCGAAGCGAACUGCGCUAUCAACCCGUUCUUGUGCACAUUCCGUCUGCCGCGCUACAGAGCGGCGCUGCGAUUGACUCUGACGCAGUGGGGGUUUUCACGUGUAAUUUGUCAAUCUUCGCAGCGAGCCAGGCGUGCGUAUGUACUCAAGCAAAAACGCUUGAGUAAUGGAAAUCAUUUAUGUGGAAAGAAGAGUCUACAAAUUCAAGUUUUGCUUUGCCGCCGGUUAUGA